AGCUGGUGGUAAUUGUAGUUGAAUGAGCAGAGCUCACUGUGGCAGUGACGGACGGACGCCCUGAGACAGAGAAAUUCGCGGUGGAACUGUUUUCAAUUAAAACUAUUUAUUCCACGACGAGAGAAAUAGCUUACACUGACUGAAAGUAUAGGAAUAUAGUGGACUGGAGAAGCACACUCCUGGUCCUUUAAAAAAAUAUUUAAUAAAAGUGUAAAUCCAAGCGACCCGAUAGCUUUCACACAAGGGCGUGUGUGGGUCUCGGGAGCACUGGGUCGCUUUUUAUCCCUUGCAUGUUGUUACUGUAUAUAUUUGAUAUUUUUGCAUCACUUGGGUCGGGAGGAUUUGCUUGAGGAUGGGGUGUACCCUGAGCACGGACGAUAAAGCGGCGGUGGAGCGCAGUAAAAUGAUCGACAGGAAUCUGCGGGACGACGGGGAGAAAGCCGCAAGAGAGGUCAAGCUACUGCUCCUCGGUGCUGGUGAGUCGGGGAAGAGCACAAUAGUCAAGCAGAUGAAGAUCAUCCACGAGGCAGGUUACUCGGAGGAGGAGUGUAAACAGUACAGGGCUGUGGUCUACAGCAACACCAUCCAGUCCAUCAUCGCUGUCAUCAGAGCCAUGGGACGACUCAAGAUCGACUUUGGAGACGCCGCCAGAGCCGAUGAUGCGAGACAGCUGUUUGUGCUGGCGGGGUCGGCAGAGGAAGGCUUCAUGACGGCGGAGCUGGCCGGGGUCAUCAAACGCCUGUGGAAGGACGGAGGGGUACAGGCCUGCUUCAGCCGAUCACGAGAGUACCAGCUCAACGACUCUGCAGCAUAUUACUUAAACGAUUUGGACAGGAUAUCCCAAACCACCUAUAUCCCGACCCAGCAGGAUGUCCUGAGGACCAGAGUCAAAACCACAGGCAUUGUGGAGACACAUUUCACCUUCAAGGACCUCCACUUUAAGAUGUUUGAUGUUGGAGGUCAGAGGUCCGAGAGGAAGAAGUGGAUCCACUGCUUCGAGGGUGUCACUGCCAUCAUCUUCUGUGUGGCGCUCAGCGACUAUGAUCUGGUGCUGGCUGAAGAUGAGGAGAUGAACCGGAUGCAUGAGAGCAUGAAGCUGUUUGACUCCAUCUGCAACAACAAGUGGUUCACAGACACCUCCAUCAUCCUCUUCCUCAACAAGAAAGACCUGUUUGAGGAGAAGAUCAAGAAGAGUCCUCUAACUAUCUGUUACCCAGAAUACGCAGGCUCCAACACUUACGAGGAAGCUGCGGCCUACAUCCAGUGUCAGUUUGAGGACCUGAACAAGAGGAAGGACACCAAGGAGAUCUACACCCACUUCACCUGCGCCACCGACACCAAGAACGUGCAGUUUGUCUUCGACGCCGUCACUGACGUCAUCAUCAAGAACAACCUGAAGGACUGUGGACUCUUCUAAAUCCUGGAUUUGAUCGAUGGAAGUUUUCUGGUGGUGAAAAGCCAGCAUAAUGUGCAUUUUCGGGGAGAAGAUCAGGAGAAUCUGAGUGGGGAGAAUCAAUUAUGGACCAUUUGCUGUACUGUAUUCCACUUUUAAUGGAUUUAUUUAUGUUUUUAUCUUGGAACAUUUUGAAUUUGUGUUUAAACAUUUGUGUUUGAUGUUUGUCAUUGUAAAAUCAUUUUCACACUUUUCUUUUUUGGAAGAAGCUUGUUUUAUUUAGUUUGUUCCUUUUUUAUGCCCUCUGGAAAAGGAAGCUUGUUUUAUUUAGUUUGUUCCUUUUUUAUACCCUCUGGAAAAGGAAGCUUGUUUUAUUUAGUUUGUUCCUUUUUUAUGCCCUCUGGAAAAGGAAGCUUGUUUUAUUUAGUUUGUUCCUUUUUUAUGCCCUCUGGAAAAGGAAGCUUGUUUUAUUUAGUUUGUUCCUUUUUUAUGCCCUCUGGAAAAGGAAGCUUGUUUUAUUUAGUUUGUUCCUUUUUAUGCCCUCUGGAAAAGGAAGCUUGUUUUAUUUAGUUUGUUCCUUUUUUAUGCCCUCUGGAAAAGGAAGCUUGUUUUAUUUAGUUUGUUCCUUUUUUAUGCCCUCUGGAAAAGGAAGCUUGCCUUUUGGUGGAAAUAUUCCUUUUCUCCCUCCCCAAUUGUUAGGGGAAAGGGAUUUGAUUUGAGCUCAGUUUGGUACUGUGCCUUUGCAUGUUCUUUUCUCUGUGGUCACUGACCAAAUUGCUAUUUUUUUGCCUGCUAAAAUUGUUCCAACAUAAAACGUGAAACGUUUCCUUAGGGAUAUUAACAAUCUUUUGUGCACAUUCCCAACCAAUUUAGUGGCGGAAUUCCCCGUGGUCCAAAGGUGUGUUUGUGUGUGUCUCGAUGGUGACCAACGCAGCCCCGCCCCCAGGCUGUCCCAUACUGACAAAGGGAUGUGGUUUUUAACAGUACACCAUAUCAAAUGUGUAUCCAAUAUGAACCCUAGCUAGGUCAAGGAGCUUACGUUAUGCUGUGGAAUUAAAGAACAGCUAAACCGGAGUAAUAUUUUACUGUAUAUUUUAAGAUUUAUUUAAGGAGAUUUCGGGGACUUGGUCUCUACGAUCACUGCAGAAUCACAAUUGUAAAGCAAAGUAAAAAUGGAUGGGGAACAAACACAUGGUUAUGGUCUGUAACCAGCCACAGCUGUCUGUGUGUUCUCCAACAGACGGGGAGCCUUUGUACACUUAUUCCCUUAUUUUGCUAAUAAAACCCUUUACAAACCA